AAAUUUGUCUUUGGUUACUCGUAGUUGUCAGUCGAGAGGUCUGCAAUUUAUAGAAAAAUUUAGCUUCAAAUAUGGCGAAACGUAUAAGCCAGAGCUCUAUCAACUGGGCCGCCCUAGCCGAGAGGGUCCCUGCGGAACAAAAGUCGAACUUAGCUGCUUUUAAAGUUAAGUCUGAUGGCUACCUUCGCAGGGUAUUGGCUAGCCCUCCGGAGCCACCAAAGAUCAACUGGGCAAAUUACAAGCAGGUUGUUCCCAUACCCGGCAUGGUGGACAACUUCCAAAAACAGUAUGAAGCCCUCAAGAUCCCAUACCCCUCGGACACCAUGACUGCUAAGGUUGAGGCUCAGUGGGGGGAAAUUAAGAAGGCCAUUGAAUCAUUUGUCCAGGAAUCAAACAAAAACAUUGCUAAAUACCAACAGCAAAUUGAUGAACUCAAUGCCCUGCUGCCAUACAACCAGAUGACUCUAGAAGACUUCAAGGAUGCCCACCCUGAAUUGGCCAUUGACCCCAUCAACAAGCCGACCUUCUGGCCGCACACACCAGAGGAACAGCCAGACUAUGUCGACCCCGAAAAACCAGCACAGAGCGGCCACUGAACAAAUCAUGGCAAUACACAUUCAAUACAAGUGCAUUAGAUUUUUGUUUGUGAAACACUCGGUGGUUAAAUCUGUAUUUAUAAUGUAGGAAUAAAUAACUGUCUACAUACAA